AUGGCAUCGCACACAGCCCUUGAGGUAGGUACCGAGGGCUCUAAUGGUAGCUUUCUCGCUGACCUAGGACCACCGAUUAGAAGGUAUCCAUAUAAGGAUAUCGACCAGUUUCUGAAUACUUUGAAGAUAGAAUUAUGUCGCCAACAAGAGGAUUUUGUCGUCAGUGAAUGGGUGCUUUUCACGGGGGUUACAAUGCAGACCUUCCGUCGCACCUUCCUCGACUCGCACGAGGACAACAAAAUCCUUUCUCGUUGCUGGAAUUCCUACGACUCCUCUCAAUACCUGCUUCUCGUCAAAAUGAUAGUCUCUCGCGCACAUGAGGUCGCUGCACACGAGUUCGAAAGAUUCCUAUUGCGCUCUCUUAUGCCAAUGGGUAUUGACCUCGCUCUUAAAACUUUUGGAUCCGCCUCGUGCGUUGCAGACAACGGUUCUGCCAAACAGCCCGACUGCCAAUUCCUGCCAAAGAGACCCCCUCGAGCCCGAUCGAAGAAGUGGCCCUCGCUUGUUGUCGAGGCAGGCUUUUCAGAGUCCCCGUCGAAGUUAAUGUCCGAUGCUCGGUUCUGGCUUAAAGAAUCCAGGGGGGACGUUCAAAUGGUCAUCACGAUCAAGAUUGGUCGAAGCACACCCAAGAUCGUGCUGGAGAUGUGGGAACUUGUCGAUGAUAGGGUCAAACGCACACAAGUGGUUACCAUCAGCAAAGGGGAGAACAACCGUAUCUACGUCCCGGGUCAGCCGCUUGUCAUCCACUUCAACAAGCUCUUUCUUCGCCAGGCCAGUAUUCCCAAGGAAGCAGAUAUAAUUUUUGACGAGUCGGUUUUGGACAUAAUUGCUACGAAUGUUUGGGAGGAGCAGGAUUUCUGA